GCGCCGAAGCCCUAGGUAAGUAACCUCGUUCUGUAUUUUUGGUCACGGUAGACCCGAGCGGGAUGGCCCUGCUACCUAGAUAUUCCUUUUUUGUUUUGUUAUUAAAUCUAGCGAUUGUUGCUGUGGACUGGGCAUGAGCUAGGGUUUCGUUGGGUGUCCUCGUAUAUAUAGAGAGAAAAAAAAUCUUAGUAUCGUCGACUACUGUGUCUGUUGAGCUGGACCUGAUCCGGCGUAGGUAUUAUUUGUUUUUCAUGAGGAACAAUUUGAUCUCCACGGUUGUAGCCCUGGAAGCGAUUCAGCGUUCGUAGCGUAUAUUUGAUUCCGUGCUGCUAGUUUUGGUUUAUUGCUUGAGAUCAUAGAUUAAAUAAAUAUUGUUCAGUCCACGCAUAGAUCAUAUCUAGUACUAGUAGCAGACUAGACCUAUCUGGUCAUUUAGGGACCUAGAGCAGAAGUGAAAGGUGCAGUUUUGUUCAGUCCAAUAGGCUAUAUUCAGUUCAGUUUUUCAUGAGGGAUAAGCUUCUCUCCCCUCACUUGCCACUGCUCAAAGUCAGCUCAAAGGCGGCUCUUGCUUCCGAAUUUGCACACGGCUGAUAGUAUCAGAAGAGCUUGAGUCAAGAUGGCACUGCAGAACAUUGGCGCUUCGAACAAGGAUGACGCCUUCUACAGGUACAAGAUGCCCAAAAUGCUAACCAAGAUAGAAGGCCAUGGUAAUGGCAUCAAGACAAACAUCGUGAACAUGGUUGACAUAGCGAAAGCACUUGCCAGGCCAGCUUCCUACACAACAAAGUACUUUAGCUGCAAGCUUGGGGCGCAGUAUAAAUUUGAUGACAAGACAGGAGUUUCCAUAGUCAAUGGUGCCCAUGACACUGCAAAGCUGGCUGGCCUUCUUGAGAACUUCAUCAACAAGUAUGUUCAGUGCUAUAAGUGUGGCAACCCUGAAACAGAGGUUGUCAUCUCGGAGAAACAGACGCUGUCUCUGAAAUGUGCUGCCUGUGGCUUCAUCUCGGAUGUUGACAUGAGGGACAAGCUCGCUACAUUCAUCGUGAAGAACCCACCAGAGCAGAAGAAGGGAGGCAAGGACAAGAAAGCUAUGCGAAGGGCUGAGAAGGAGCGACUCAAGGAAGGUCAGGCUGCUGAUGAGGAGAUGAAGAAACUCAAGAAGGAUGGGAAGAAGAAAGGUGCUGCAUCCAAGGACAGCACUGCAAAACGUGUUGCUGCAAAGAAAAAUGCUACCACUGAUGGUUCUGAUGAAGAACAUGCAAUCUCGCCAACUUACAGUCAAGGUGCUCACUUUGCGGCUGCUGCAGACGACGACGACGACGAUGAUGACGUGGAGUGGCAGACUGACACGUCAGCAGAGGCUGCGAGAAAGCGCAUGGAGGAGCAGCUGAGUGCGGCGACUGCCGAGAUGGUCAUGCUUGCCACCGAAAAGGCAGAGAAGAAGAAGAGGAAGAAACAGGCCAAAAUGACUCCAUAUGAUGAACUGGUCGAGGAGAUCAAGGCCAGCUUGGGCAAUGCCGCCACUCCUGCUCAGAUCAAGGCUGUGCUGUCCUCCUCAACCCUCCCCGCCAAGGACGCGAUGCACGCCCUCUUUGAGGCGCUCUUCCACGGUGCGGGCAAGGGGUUUGCAAAGGACGUCAAGAAGAACAAUGACUACCUUGCUGCUGCCGUGCCUGAUGAAGGGGCCCAGAUGCUGCUGCUCCAGGCCAUCGAGGCGUUCUGCGGCAAGUGCAGCGCCGAGGCCCUGAAGGAGGUGCCGGUGGUCCUGAAAUGCCUGUAUGACGGCGACGUCCUCGAGGAAGAAGCCAUUGUCCAGUGGUACGUUGAAGCUGUUGCUGCCGGCAAGGACUCCCAGGUUGUGAAGAAUGCCAGGCCGUUUGUGGUCUGGCUCCAGGUCGCCGAAGCGGACGAGGAGUGAAGAGGCCGUGCCCGUUUGAUCCCGUUUAUACGCUUUCUUUUUCUACCGCCUACUUGCUUUAGGUAUCUUUUGAUUGUGUUUGAAUUUUCCAUUUUUUGGAUCAGUAUUUUAAGUGUCAGACGUUAAAACACUUGUUGUCAUCAUUGAUUCAGUGUUGAGUCGGUUAAAAUAUUUCUUAUAACAAAUUAUGUCUUUUGAUAGUGCUUGAAGUGUCCAUUUUUGGACCAGUAUUUUAAGU